AUGGAGAGUCCUAUGAAGUCAGUAACAACAAAGCCACGGGUCAAAAAGGAGGGUUUUGGUAGAAAUGAACUACUAUCGACACCACGGUCUAAAUCAAGUAAAGAUAUUGCCAUCAAGCGUGAUAUAAUCACGAAGAGCGCCAAAGUAGAUGCCAUUAAAACCCCUGACAACUUUAAAACUUUCACUCGGAAACAAAUCAUUGACUCAACUGGUGGAAGUUCUUCACGAGCAUCAAACAUCAGUAGCUCUAGAAUACCUCGUGUACCCACUGCGGCGAAUAGAAUUCCUCUACGCUCUAAAAUAUCAAAGCCCUUAAUGUCUGAUAGUACUCAUAACAACAAUACUUCUUCGACACAAAGAUCUCAACAAGCACUGCACUUGAAGCAAAAGAAAACAAGGAAGCCUAUCAAUGAAGAUACUUUUACUCCAGUAAUACAAAAAAAUGUUUAUGAUCAUUCUAAUGGCUCAUCGAAAAGUGGGCUGGAUUCUACAGAGGACGAGAGUAAUCCUGUACUCAAUCCUCCAGAUUUUCAAUCAGAACUUUCUGAUUGGGAAAUUAUUGACUGGCCCUGGGUAACACCAUAUUCACCCUUAGAGAGAAUAACCCUGCUUUCCGACUGUAAUUUCAUUAAGAUAUUUCCAGUUCCGAGAAUUAUACCGCUAGGUGUUCCCCUAGAUAGGCAACCUACCCUAUAUCCAUAUAAUUUUUUAAGAUUAUUCGCAGAUAAUUGUUCUGGUGAAGAUAAACUUCGACAAGCUUCGCUGAAAACCACUGAGCCGAUCGGCAGCGUCAGGAAUGACGGAAAUGUCUCCACUCAUCGUCAUAUUCCACUGGCUAAGCAGUCUACACGAUUGAAAGAGCCAGAAGCUAUUACUAAAGAUCCGGCAGUGAUAUCAAUUGGACCUGCACACUCAACAGACCACGCAACUCCUAAGGCUAGCGAAAUUAGAACAGAGACUGAAUCUCUUGAUUCCGACCGAGAUAAUACUGAAGACGAAAGCCUAUUGAAAAAUAUAGAGUUCUUUAUCAAGAACUUUGGCCUAAAGAAAAAGCAUGGCAGAGAAUUGCUCCUAAGGCUAUUACAAUUUUUGACAAGUUAUGGUGGGGAAAAUAAUCCCGAAGAAGAACCUAGGCAAAAAUUCAGUCACAAAGAAAAAUGUCCAUACUCCAUAGAAAAACAUUAUCGCGCCGAAAACGCCACUAACUCCAAAUGUCAACUGAACCCAAAUGUCCCUGAAUUUGAGCCGAGUAUAGACUCAACCAUAAGAUCAUGUGAAUUAUUACAAAGGCUAUCAGACCAAGUAUUGCAGCAAAAAGGAACUUCACAUGGACUACACGUGCCUACUUUUCAGCAAGAUGAGAAUAUUGAAGUCUUGUCCACAGUUAAAGAUCCCGUCUUAUUGAAAGGAGAUGGGCCGCGAGCAGAUCAAUUAAUGUACAAGUUUAAUGUCCCUGAGAUAGAAAAAAGACCUUUAUGGGUUAAAACAUUGCAAAGCAAAGGAGCAAAUACUCAGAAUAAACUGAUCGGCUCGUCUCUGAAGAAGCUUCAUACUCUCGAAUCUAACAUUCAGCAACCUACACCUCUCAGCGAGAUACCGCAGCUUCAUAAUAAUUCUCAUCAUCUCCCUAAUCUAACAACUUGCACUAACGAUAAAAUUGCAUCGGAUCUUCCAAUGAACGAUGAUGGACCUGGUCGGGUUGCAAAAGUAAUGGAUAAUAGGUGGGCGCAACAAAUGUUAGAAAAAUUCCGAGAUAAGUAUCCUAUGACAGGCUCACCUAACCUGGAUCCGGUUACAGAAGUUAAUCAAAAAGUAAUGAGCGAUAUUCAACAGCGUCUUGAGUACCUACUACUGGUGAAGAAAGAAAAGGAAGCCUACCAGCAUUGGCUCGCUUAUUCAUCAGGAUGUUUUAAUGCAGAAAAUGUUACUGAAACAUAG